AUGAGGCGGGGGGAGGUGGGCGGGGCCUCCGCCCCAGAGAGCGGGCAGGGUUCAGUCGCGCGCUGCCAGACCGAGCACGGUGCCGGUGCCGAUCGCAACGCGCCGCCCCGUCACGGUUCAUGCAGCUGCAAGCCCCCCGGGUGCGAUGGCCAGACCGCUGCGGGAAGGGAGCCUCGGCGAGCCUCCAGCCCCCCCUGCCUGCACAUCCUGCCUGCAGGGGGGGGGGGGGGGAGCGUUGGCCCUGCCUGCACAUCCUGCCUGCAGGGGGGAGAGGGGGGGGGGCGUCGGUCCUGCGUGGGGAUCCCCCCCCCCUCACGCCCCCCCCCACGUCGUCAUCCCCGUUUGAGCUGCGCUUGUCCCGGGGCUCCCCCCCCCAACUUCGUUCUCUAUCGCUGCGGGACACGGGGAACCCCCGGCGCUGCCCACGGUGAGUUUCACCCUACGGAGGAUGGGGACCACGAGCGACCCCCCCCAAAGUGGGGGGAGCCGGGGGGGGGGCUGUCCCCAAUGGUCACCUCCCCGGGGCAGCCCCCGGUCCGGAGCAGGAGCUGGGCGCCCGCCUGCGCCGUUUGGGUGACGCUUUCCAGCGGACCUACGAGCAGCAGCGGGAGCAGCGGGGUGGCGUCGGCGGCGUUUUUUGGGGUCACCUUUACCGCCUGGUCUCGCAGUUGCUGGGAGCCGUCUACAACCUGCAGGCAGCUGCCUUGCCCGCGCGGGAAGCCAACUAGCCCUGCCUGUACUUUCCUGCCUGUACUCCUGCCUGCAAGGACUAACACCCCCCCCCCUCACCCGGCCGCCCCCUCCCCCCCUACACCACCACCACCGUGA